CCUUCUCCCGCACUCCGCUCCACGCGCAGCAGGCGGAGGGAUUGGGCAACAAGAAGCACCUCCUUCUCGUUGCAGGCUUCUCCCACCACCAACAAGGGCACCGCGCCGUCAAGGACCAAGAAGGGGCACCGCAGGAAGGCGCCAAGGGCCAACAAGGACUAGAAGAAGAAGAAGAAGCGUCGACGGCCAACAAGGCCGCGGCAGCAGAAGAAGAGGAAGAAGAAGGCGUCUCCGACCUCCAAGAAGCUACCCGCAACGACCCCUCCCCGCUCCAGCAAGUGCAGCCGGAGCUGCGGAUUCCGACCAUGCUGACUUCCCUGUCGGCCUUUGUCCAGGAGUUGUUCCGCCUACUGCAGAUGCCGACCAUGCCGGCCUGGCUGUCGGCCUUUUUCCAGCGGUCCCGGACCGACGACGCCCCCGUCCCCGUCCCCGUCGUCGUCGUGCCUGCAAGGAAGAAGAAGCGAGGUUUCCAAUCGUACAUGUACGCGCAUCGUCGGCCGAGCGACGCAGAGCUUGCUCGGAACCAAGAAGCAGCAGAUCGUAUUCUCCCUCCAGGUCCUACUAUCGAAAAGAUCCUUGCAAAGGAUGCACAAGUUCUUGAUCCGUAUGAGCAGAAGGUCAUUCACACUGAAUAUGUCACCAUGAGACCCAAGAGUGGAUCUGAGUGGGAUUUUUGUUCCGCCUGCUAUUUUGGGGACUGCAAAAAACUCAGACAACACAAAGACGCUCUGGGGAAUCAUUUUGAUACCAAGCACGAUGAUGGUGGAGCAUGGGACAGGUGCCAAGUGUGUCAGGCCGUGUUUUACACUCAGCAGCUUAAAUGCCACUAUAAGUAUUGCCACCCGCACAUUGCAUUUGGUUAGGGAUUUGAAGCAGGUCUCAUCAUGAUCAUGCACGUGUCUCAAUCAGGAGAAGGCGUUUACAGUGGCUGGUGGUAGAGAAAAGCACAUGUUCUCCUAAAACAGCCCGUCAUUUUCUCGGAGAUGAUUUGUACAUCAGGAUGUUUCACCUUUUGGUUUUUCGUUUUCUCAUCUAAGAUCUAGGAGAAGAGAUAAUCUCAUAUUCAUUAGGUUAUCGUACAAAUUUGUGAUAAUUGUCCAAAACAUCAUUCCCAGUACUUCAUUGCUCAAGCAGCACACCUCCUGGCGUGAAGUUUAUAUCAUGGCAAUUCUCUUUGAUGAGUAAUAGGGCAAGUCUAAUGAACCUUCAUAAAGAUUCUUUAAUUCAGUUUGCAUAUGAGCAAUGUAGUGGGCCUGAUCAAUUUGCAUAAAGAUUAUGUCAUUUCAGUUCUCGCUGAUGAGCAACUGUGUAUGCCUUGUCUGUCUUGGAAUUGAGAGCUUGAAUGAUUA